AUGCAGGCAGUCGGGGCUCUGAAGCUCGUUGCGCUCGUCAUGCUCUCAGCGCAGAUGGCCUACUGUGUGCAAGACCCCAACAUAGCCAAGAUGAACAACCUGACCGCCAUCUCGAUCCUCCUCGACCACCUGCCUGAGUCUGCAAGGGAAUGGUGGCCAGUGUACAAGAAGGCGUUUGACAUGGGACAUCUUCCUGAGAACAAAUAUCAUCUUUCAAGGGCACUGAGAGUCACGCAGCAACUGGCAAGGGACGUUGAGCAGCGAAACUCUCUGGUGGAGUAUGGCUUCGUUCAAAGUAUCAUCCCCCUCCUGUCCAGGAGCAUGCUGAGCAAGGAGGAUAUAAGAAAUGUUCUGUUGAGCCUCGUCCUCCUGGCUCAGCACACAAAGGACGAAUUCCCAUCGGCAGAUAAGGCCAAGGUCGCCAAACUCCAAGGUGUUCUAGAAGCUAACAACGAGGUUACCCCCGUGCGAUCGCUACUGCACGACACGAGCUUGAUUGAGCCCUUCCAUCACAUGAUGGAGAUUUUGGCUCAGAUUCCUGCCACCCAAGAGAUGACCAAGUGA